ACAGCGAUUGUGCGUCAGAGCGGGAAGGGUUUGGAAGGAAUGGGGAGGGUAGGAUUUGGCAGUUGGGGCUAAAAGUGGUUCCUUUGAAGACCUUCAAGAGCAGCUGAUUUUCCAGUUGCCUGAGGAAGAGACUGUAGCAGUCAGAGACGUCUGCUGUGAUUGUGAUGGGAAAUGGCUUCAAGAGGAACAAUCGAGACCAGCAAGCUGAAACAAAACCUGGAAGAGCAGCUGGAUAGGCUAAUGCAGCAGCUGCAGGAUCUGGAGGAAUGCAGAGAUGAAUUGGAUGCAGAUGAGUAUGAGGAGACCAAGAAGGAGACCCUGGAGCAGCUGAGUGAGUUCAAUGACUCUCUCAAAAAGAUCAUGUCUGGAAAUAUGACUUUGGUAGAUGAACUCAGUGGGAUGCAGUUGGCCAUACAAGCAGCCAUCAGCCAAGCCUUUAAAACUCCAGAAGUCAUUCGAAUGUUUGCCAAAAAACAGCCUGGACAGUUGCGGACAAAAUUGGCAGAGAUGGACAGAGAUCUGAUAGUUGGCAAGCUGGGACGGGACGUUUACACCCAGCAGAAAUUAGAAAUCCUGACUGCUCUCCGAAAGCUUGGAGAGAAGUUAACUCCUGAUGAUGAAGCUUUCCUUUCAACCAACGCUGGAGCUGCUCUCAGCCAAUUUGAGCGCGUUUCCAGUGACCUGGGAUCAGGAGAUAAAGUCUUUGCUCUGGCAAGUUUGGAGGUAGAAAAAUCAAAGCAAUGAAGGGGUGCUUCGGAGAGCUGCAGAGACUCCUGCAAUCAAUUAUGUUAGAUUUUUUUUUACCACCAUAUAUUUGUGUUUCUUAUAAACUUUUUGUAAUGCUCUUUCUCUCAACCAGAUGCAAAAGUUUUCCAAGUGCUCUUUGCAAACUCAGCAGUGUGUCUUCAGAGGAUAAAACCUUCUAAGUGGUACAAUUUAAACAAAGGAAAAACCUAACCCACAAUAAUUUACCUUUUCAAGAGAAAUAAUGGGGGAUUUUUUUGUCCAUGUCUUUUGAAACAUACGUUUCUCUAGUAAAAUAUUUUUCUUUUUCUUUUC